CACGCGUGGGGGAGGCAUCCUUCCCCCCACCCAGAUUUCAAGUUCAUAUAGAUAGUAUAUAUUGGAGAGGCUGCGAAACUAGUCUCUUGCUCAGCUUGGCAUCUAGUGUAGGCAAAAGACCUAACCCUGGCUGGGAGCUGUCUGGAUGUGGAGGAUGUGCGACCGAAAUGGUGGAAGGCGGCUGAGACAGUGGCUGAUAGAACAAAUCGACAGCGGCAUGUAUUCUGGUCUGAUCUGGGAGAACGAUGAGAAAACGAUGUUCCGGAUCCCAUGGAAACAUGCGGGGAAGCAGGAUUACAACCAGGAGGUGGACGCAUCCAUAUUCAAGGCUUGGGCAAUAUUCAAAGGGAAGUUCAAGGAAGGCGACAAAGCUGAGCCAGCCACUUGGAAGACGAGGUUACGCUGCGCAUUGAAUAAGAGCCCGGACUUUGAAGAAGUGACUGACCGGUCCCAACUGGACAUCUCAGAGCCCUACAAAGUCUACCGCAUUGUUCCCGAGGAAGAACAGAAAUGCAAAAUGGGGAUGGGAAACGGAUGCAGCUUGGGCGAAAUCACGGACAUAGAGUGCAGCGCUUCUGCAAUGGAUGACUUGAUCAAAGAGCCCCCAUCAAGCGUGGAGGAAUAUCUUGGCACGAUAAAACGAAGCCCUUCGCCGCCACAAGAGAAAUGCAGAAAUCAGCCAAUACCGGACUGGUGGACACAUCAGUCAACGCCUGCUUUAUCCCUCAUGGGUGGAUUUGUGGGCUAUGAACCGAUUCAUGCAGGCUAUUGCCAGAUGGUGAUCAACUUCUACUAUGGAGGAAAACUGGUGGGAAGCACCACCACCACUCGCCCCGAAGGCUGCCGGAUCUCCCUGGGUGAGUCUCCUUACCCCCUGGAAAGCUUUGAACACGUGCGGUUCCCUUCGGCAGACGUGAUCCCCAACGAUCGCCAGAGGCAGAUCACCAAGAAGCUGUUUGGGCACCUGGAAAGAGGUGUCCUGCUGCAUUGCAACAAACAAGGCAUCUUCAUCAAGCGACUGAGCCAGGGCCGAGUCUUUUGGAGCGGCAACAACAUGCCCUACAAGGACAAGCCCAACAAGCUGGACCGAGACGAGGUGGUCAAGAUCUUCGAUACAAACUACUUCCUCCGAGAGCUUCAUCAGUAUUAUAACAACCAAGGCCGAUUCCCAAACAGCAAAGUUAUUCUGUGUUUUGGGGAGGAAUUUCCGGAUGCCACUCCCUUGCGCUUCAAGCUGAUUCUCGUCGAGAUCGAGCAACUGAGCAUUCGGCAACUGGUGGAAGAAGCCGGGAAGAAUGACAGCAGCGCCGUGGGCCAUCCGAUGGCCGAGGAUGUCCAUUUUGACCCCAUGUACAGGAACUUCCAGGAUUCAUGUGUGCCUCACCAAAGAGCCAUUUUCAGAGAACACCAACAGAUCACUGUCUGAGACUUCCUUGUUAAAACCCUUAGAAGAAGAAGAAGAUUCUCUUUAGCUCUGUUUCUGUACUUCUUGCAGAUAUUUUUUUAGAUUUCCCAGGAAAUUUGGGCAAAGUUGCAAGAGGUGUUUUUUUUAUAUCCAUAAGGUGGAAGUGGUGGUUUUUAUUAUUUUUUUCAAAAGCAAAUUUGGGGUAGUUUUCCCUUUAGGAAUUUAACAUUAAAAAAAAACAGUCCGUGGGUCAGAGAGGAACAAUCUCAGGGGGAAAAAUAGUGCAAAACUACAAUGAUUAAGGCAGAGGUGGUCCGCCUGUCGCCUUCCAGAUGCAUUGAACUGCAACUCCCAGCGUUCAGCAUCAUUGGCUCGUCUGGCUAAGGAUGUUGGGAGCUGCAGUCCGACAGCAUCUACAGGGUCUUCCUUUGAAAUCCCCAAAGCCUGUGUUUUCGAUUUAUAAGCCUAGACAUUCAGUGUGUGUACAGGUUAGGAUUGUGUACCGAUCCUCAUGCGCUAGCCUGCUUUUGUUUGUUGUUUGCAUGCAUUCAUUACCGUUUAUCCAGAUUCAUUUUUAGCCAUAAAGGGGAAGGAUGACUUUGAUCCACAGCAAAUGUCAGCUGCGUCGCUCUAACAGGGUUCUCUCUCGAAGGCAGAAGUGAACGGUGAAAUUUUAGGCUAAAAAUAUUUAUUUUAACCGCUUGUUUUAAAUAUUUUUUGUGAUUGUUUUGCCAAAUGCAUCUACAAAUAAAUACCUGCCUUUUGUAAA